AUGAAUUCGGUGCCCUUGAAGUCAAUUGACCACAUCACUUCCUUAUCGCUCUUCCAGCAGGCUCAGGACAUUGCUCGUCACAUCCCUCAGUGGCAUAAAGCUGGUACAUACAAAUACCUGGUGCCUCAGGAAAGACAAGAUGUUCACGUAGACAUCCAUACGAAAAGCUUCAAUGACGACUAUUGGGUUGCACGCGCAAGUGACUUCCAUGAAUUCUCACCCAAAACUCGUACUCACGUUUACCAGCUCUUGGACAAGUACGUGGUUGGCUCUUUGUCUGUGUUGGAGGAAUCCCAUACUCACUAUGAGAUGGGGUACAUCCAGGAAAUGUACGAUUUCAAAGUGCAUCAACACGAAUUGGCAGAGGCGGUGCCUGGUUUUGAUAGCAUCACUUACUUGGCAGAGUUAUAUUACCACUUGCAGUUCCCGUUGAAGAAGAGGAAGUUUUGCAAUCUAGUGCACAUCUUAAGAGCACAUGACGGCAAGUCUGCUUACAUCAUCAGCUUGGCUGUAGACCCAAGUGUAAUUCCUGGUAACCCUCAGGAGCCUGAUUUUGUACAAGGACGGUAUACCUCCGUGGAGUAUGUUGAGUUCGACCCAAAACUGAGCGAUGUCAAAUGGUAUAUGACCACAUGCUCCGAUGCCGGCGGAAGUGUGCCACAGUGGCUCGCUAAGCUCACUAUCAACAGCGUGGUAGCAAAAGAUGUUCAUCUGUUCCUUGCAUGGGCCAACACUAAGUAG